UUCGACGUCUACAACAUGGCCGCCAAAGCUCUUUUAUUCAGCGUGCUGCUGGUCCAGUGUAUCUACGGCCUCUUCGCUGCUCCUUUCCUCCCGCUGGCAGCGGAAUAUCCUGCCAGCUUCGGUUGCGGUUCCGCUCCUUUCGGAUACGCAAAUGCUCCGUUUUCUUACAACGGUCUCGCAUUUGAAACUCCCUUCCUGUGUCCUUUCGCUUCGAACGCUCCGUUUGCAUACGAAGGAUUUGCUGCUCCAUUCGGUUUUGGAUACUCUCCAUUCGGUUACGGAUUCAACGGUCCCUUCAGAUAUGGUGCUGCAGCUAUUCUAUAAAUGUUUUGAACUGGAGAAACUAAUAUUGUGACUUUCUUUUUGUUUUUUUUUUGGCAUUAAAAAGUAACUUGUCUCAUUUACUUUUAUUCGCUAUGCAGUAAUAUAGUAUAAUGAGGUGAACAAGUCCGUCCGUCCCCUACACGUGUACCCGCCGCAUUAUCGCAUACCGAAGCUAUUUAGAGUGCCAAAGUCAAAUAUGCGGAAACGGUAUUGUGCCGACUUGUCAAAAUUCUAGUUUUGGGGUUCCCUCGCUAUAAUAAAGUACACAUGAAAAACAAAACAUUUUGCUCUUUUCG